CAAGGCCGAUACAACGUGCGCUGAAAAUAACUCUGCGACCAGUUUCAGUACGAGUCACUCGCGGUCUGUGCUUUCAUAUUACCGACCGAGUUAGUUCAGGCGAGUUAAUCAUAAACUCGACCAUCCUGGCGGUUUCGAUUCCACGGUUCGCCGCUAAGGUGAGGCGGAAGCGACCUGUCGGGUGCGCGGAAGGAAUUUAUUGGGUUUGUUUUCGCGACGCAGUCCCCGAAACCUCCGCUAUAUCGAGUGAAAAAAAGAACCUGCUGGUGCUGAACCCCCCUGCUGGUGAAAUGGCCUGGACCUAACAUCCCGCUGCUGUGCCGCUCUCCUGAGACGACUCAAGCCUGGCCCUGGCCCAGCAAUGGCUCCCUGCUCCCAGCUGAGGGUGUCUGCCUGCCUGCCAGCUGUGGGCCUUCUGCUGCUGGUCAUGGGAACCACCACUGCCCAGGCAGGAGAGAACUCCACGCUGCCGAGCGUGAGGGUUGAGGCCACCAGCUCCAGCAACUCCACCAGCGCCCCGGGGCCCAACAUCGCAGCUAUUGUGGCCCCCAGCGUGAUCCUGGGCCUGCUGGCCGUGGUCAGCGUGGUUCUGGUGGUUCUGUUCUGCGUGAUCCGGAAGAAGAGGCAGACGGAGGGGACGUACCGCCCCAGCAGCGAGGAGCAGACGGGGGCGCGCAGCGUCCAGCCUCCGGACGCUCUCAAACUGCCCAAAGAGGAGCGCCUCAUCUGAGAGGUCGCGGCCCCCUGACCUCUGACCCCGCACGCCUGUGGCACAGCUCCGGGAUUGCCGUGC